AUGCAGCUUCUCUUGGGGCUAAGCUAUCCGGGAACAGCACCUUGCCCCCGCGAACUGAAGCCACUGACUGAUUUUGGUCGGGGAGAGACGAAGUUCCAAGGCUACCCAAAGGAGGGAACAAAGGAGGACGCAACACGCAACAUUCCCCGCUGGAUGGCGGAGGAGGAGGAGGAGGAGGAGGAAGCGGGGCGCUGCGACGGACUUGAUAGGACAUCCAGCUCCGGCGAGGCGCUAGUCCUCAUCCGGGCAGCCAAGCAAGCCCGCGCCAGAUAA